UGAUAAUUUAAAGGUUGGCUUUUUCACUUCAGACCAUGCUACUCAGACAGACUGCACUGAAAUUUUGCCAUUGAAAGAUCUGACUAAGUCAACAGAAAAGUUAAUGCAGAUAAUUACAUCACUUAAUUUGGACUUUGGGUUCCUCAAAGAUUUUGUUCAAUUGAAGUUUGAGGACCGACUUAAAGAGGAGUCUUGGAAAAUCGUCAGUGUGUUCCAUGACAGGAUUUUAGAAAUGAAGAAAUACUACGAACAGACUGAAGACAUCAUAAGAAAAAGCUUUCAGCAGCAGCUAAGUGAUGCCAUAGCUGUUAUCAAAGGAAUGUACAUGAAAUUCUUUGAAAUAGAAGAAGAAAAAGCUGCCAUGCAAGAGGCAGCAUUCAUGAAAAUGAAUGCCUUGAAGAGAAAACUCAAAGACAAAGAAGAUAAGGAUUUUAUGGAUGAUCUAGAACAAUUUGAAUACACCGAAUUUGAUAAAAUUAACGCUCUUGCCAAGGAGCCCAGCUCACCAAAACAAUUGACGGAAAAAGAACUUCUAGAAUGCAGGAUGCAGAAUGAGAGGUUGCUGCAAAUCAUCGCAGAACUUGAAGAAGAGCUACAGACAAACCUGAAAGAAAAUGCAAUGUUAGAGGAUGAAAUAAUAUGUCUCAAAGAGAUUUCAGACCAGGAUCAGCGAACUAUUCAAAAGCUAAUAGACAGUAGAGACAGAUUGAGAUAUGAGUUGGAUUGUGAAAAAAUAGCCACUCAAGAUAUGAUCAAUAGACAGAAAGAAGAAAUGGAUAUAAGAAGAAAGUAUGCCAGUAUGACUGCUAAGAGAGGAGUGAAGUCAGCAGAGUCUGUCUUAAAGUUGCCAUCGCGUCGUUUCAAGAGCUUCACGCCGUCUGAGAGUUCACUUUCCAGGGGACUUUCUUCCGCUUCCCUCAGUGUAUCACCUAAGGCUAGAAAGAAGCUGGGAAAGAAACACGCUACUGCUGCUCUUGAGCCUAUAUCUGUUGCUGCUGCUGAGGCCGCUGACACUGGAGGUGGUGCUCUCGCGCGCCCUUUCUCUAAAGUUAUCGCUGACAUGCUUGGAAAGCCAAUGAAGGACAAGCAAGUUAAAUUUGCACUACCUCAAUUUGUAACUCCAGACGUAUUGAUGAAAUUAAAGAUGGCUCAGGAAGAUGAAAAAAAAGCUUUGGAGUAUGAAGUACAGAAAUUACAACAGGCGCUGGAGGACCAGAAGAAGAAGAUAGAGAGGUGUAAGAAGGAAACAGAGCGCAUCAACAAAAACUGGGAGAGGAAAUUCUUCAUCCUCAGGAACAGCUUUCAUGUCCUAAAGGAUGAGAUGUUCACUAGACACACACUUUUCCGGCAGUUUGCAAUGAUUUCUGACACCUCCUUCAAUUAUGUUAGAGUUAAGCCCUUGUAUGUACACUCCAACAUGAAUGAGACAACCUUGACUACAAAUGUUUUCCACUCAGCCAUGAUGGAGCACAAGUUUAUGGACAUACCCAGUGACCAGGAAACCUUUACACAAUCCUCAAAAGAUUCUAGGUACAGCGACGAUUCUCUGGACCAAAACAGCGCUGACACUCUUGAUGAGAACAAUUACCAGUGAGGAAGAGGCUGCUCCGUGAGAUGAUUACUUGGAGCAGAAGUAAUCAUCUAAGUAAUCAUCUAAGGACCAGUACCUUUUCCCUUCAAUCAAUAAUGAUUUCUUUGGACCACCCUGAAGUACCAGAACUAAGACAAAAUUCAAGGAAACGACACCUUUAUCAAGACUGACACAAAUCUUUCUCUAUUUAAACAUAAAGCUCAUGUCUAUACCCUGAACAUAAACUUGGGGUCAAUGAACUUCUUCACCUGUUCGUCCCAGUGUGGCCCCGUUAAAUAAAUUUAUUUCCUGUGCUUUUCCCAA